CAUCUCACAACGAGCACAAGCUCAUCCAUCUACAGUGAACUGGGAGGAACUACCAUGGCUUCUCUGAGAACUUCAUCUAUGUCACUGCUACUGCUUCUGAGUCUGGUGGCUCUUGUGAAGGCAGGAGUCAUCAUCCCACAGAGUCCAGGCUGCCCACCUACUGAGGACAAGAACUUCCCACAACAUGUGAGGGUCAACCUAAACAUCGUUAACCGGAACACGAACUCCAGAAGGCCCACUGAUUACCACAAGCGCUCCACCUCACCUUGGACUCUCCACCGCAAUGAGGACCCUGAGAGGUACCCCUCUGUGAUCUGGGAGGCCAAGUGCAGCCACUCAGGCUGUAUCAAUGCUGAAGGGAAGGUGGACCAUCACAUGAACUCUGUCACCAUCCAGCAAGAGAUCCUGGUCCUACGGAGGGAGCCUCGGCACUGCCCUUACUCCUUCCGGCUGGAGAAGAUGCUGGUGGCGGUGGGCUGCACCUGUGUCACCCCCAUCGUCCGCCACGUGGCUUAAGAGCUUUCUGCCUGACCCCUACUCCCCAGAUUAGUUAGGCUUUCUGGGGUGUAGACCCAGCCCCAUUUCUGACCAAAACCAUUUAUGUAUUUAAUAAGUCCUGAAAUAACUUUGGGGCGUAAGAUUCCACUUUGAUGUAUUACAUGCUUUAUUUUCUAUUCUUUUAAGACAAGUUUCCAGAUUUGUGAAUAUUAUUAUUUAAAAGGUAAAACCUAUAUUUAUAUGAGCUAUUUAUGGAUCUAUUUAUGUUUCAUAAGUCUUUAGAAAAAAGGUGAAAUAUAUGAGUAUCUGUUUUGCCUAGGGAAAUCCUAGAUAGGAUUAAAUAGCAGUUGAAAAUUUCUGAGCUUGUACUACAUAUGGCUAUAGAAUUUUCUCUUCCUUAUCUCUUUGUAAUACAUGACACAGCUGAAAAGAGACUAAAUCUAGUUUCAUAUUUAUUAACUUAAUUUUGUAAAUUAUUGAGACAUUACAAGACAGACAGCAAGACUAACUGCUCUGUUAAACUGUUGUCAUAAAAACUAUUUGUAAUAAUAAAGUUUGGGA